UAUUCCCAAAAAAUCAUCUUCCUGAAAGAUAAACUGUUGAUGUCGAAAACGAAACUUAAUUUGAUUAGUAAUUGGUCUCUGUAUCUGACUAAUGGCGGGACUACGUGUCGUCAGGGGCCCAGACUGGGAGCAGGGGGACACUGAUGGUGGGGAGGGACACCUGGGGACGGUCGUGGAUGUCAGCGAGAAGGAUGGUGUGGUCAAUGUUGUGUGGGAUAUAGGAGAAAGCACAAUUUGCCGGAUCGGAAAAGACAAGAAAUAUGAUCUGAGAGUGUUUGAUAAUGCUACUAUUGGGGUCAUGUUUAGAAACAAGUGUUCCGAGUGUCAAUGUGAGCCGUUUUAUGGGAUGUGCUGGGAGUGCAAGACCUGCAAAGGCACCAGUAUCUGUUCCGUGUGUUACUUCAGGGACAAGCACAGCACUGAACACGACUUUUUCAGAUAUACAGUGCCAAAUGUAAAAGGAGUAGAAGUCCAGAAGCGGUUCUCCAGCUUAGCAAUGAGAUCCUUCGGAAUGUAUCCUGGCGCUAAAGUCAUCCGAGGAAGAAACUGGGAGUACGAGAACCAAGAUGGAGGAAGCGGUACUGUGGGAACCGUUCGAGACAUCCGUAGUGUCAAAAAAGACAUGUCUCACCGCAACGGCGUUGGAGUCACGUGGCCUUCUGGGAAAUCCUAUGUCUAUCGCAUAGGAUUCAAAGGCAAGGUGGAUCUUUUAUGCAAAGAAGUAGCCAGGGGAUUCGAGUAUUACCGUGAACACCUUCCUCUUCUGGAUUACAAUAUGAUCAAGGAUCAGGUUACCUCCCAAUCCACAGUAGGUGCCAAUAUUGGUGACCAAGUCUGUAUAACUGUUUCGGUCAGAGAGCUGAAAGACGCGCAGAGAAAUUUCGGUGGUUUUCAUGAUGAAAUGGAAAGUGCGAUUGGUAAACGUGGAGUGAUCGACGGUUUUACAGACAGCGGAGGGGUGAUAGUCAAAUACCAGGACAAUAAAUGGGUGUUCAACCCCAAGGCCCUCGGCAAGGUUUGGCAUGGGACCAUAGGGGACACUGUCCGUGUGAAAAGUGACCAACAAAAAGUGGAGUUCCUGCAGAAAGGCCACGGAGAAUGGAAUCCGAAAAUGAUAAAUGUUUUGGGGAAAGUGGGGAAAAUUGCUAGAAUCACCCCCAAGAAGGACGUGGUGGUGUCAUUCGGGAGCAGGCACUGGGUCUUUAACACGGCGUGUUUGGUCCCGUGUCCUGGAGCCCAGGUGGACGAGAUGGAGGAUGGAGACGAUCCUACUCUGUCCAUGGCGACUGUUGGAUUAGCGAAUGGGCUGGGCUUGUUGUUAGAACAACUGAGAAUUUUAAAAGCACAGAAAACAAAGUUAUCACCGGAACACUUUCUUAGAAUGGCCGCUGAUGGAAACGAUAAAAUGGUAUUGCAGAUGGUUAAAGGGGAACCAAAUCUGUGCAACAUGCAAAUAAAAGGAACAACUGCGUUGAUUGCUGCAUGCUUUGAAGGACAUGAUGGCGUUGUGAAGGUCUUGAUUUCGAAUGGCGUAAAAGUGAACCAGACAGACCAAAAUGGAAACACCGCACUGCUGGCCUCUGUUUCCGCGGACAAAUCCUCCACCGUUAAGAUCUUACUGGAGGCAGGGUGUGACGUAAAUGCCUCCAACAAAAACGGACGGUCGGCUAUUCACGUGGCUGCUAAGUCUGGUUUCGAGGAGCCUGCUAAACUUUUGAUUGCGAAGGAAUGCAACGUUAACAAAAAGGACAUAUCUGAAGACACGCCCCUUCAUGACGCGAUUGAAAAUGGUCAGGAUACUCUUAUCGCUCUUAUUGCGGAUGUCAAGGACAUAGACUUUAGGAUGGUCAACAAAAAAGGCUUCAAUGCUCUCAUAUUUGCAGCCUUAAAAGGAAAUAAAACAGCAACAAAUAAAAUCACCGCGAAAUGUCCGGAAAUGACCAACGAGUCGGAGUCCAACAAAAGCAACACGGCGCUUCACAUCGCUGCAAUUAAUAACAGGACUGAGAUAGCAACCAUUCUUCUUUUGCAAGGAAGAGCUGACACGGAGAAGAAAAACAAAGAUGGUAGAACUCCACUUCAGAUUGCAUGCAUUGAGGCAUAUUACGACAUGGUUAAAAUUCUUCUAGAUCACGGUGCUAGUGUUUCUACCACUGAUAACGAGGGUAACACACCUAUGCACUGCACACUAGGGGGUGUACGGUCACAGCCUGUGAUGCUCAUCUUGAUGGGACACCAUGUACAAACCAAGACAGAACGAGUGAAGAUCGCUUGCAUGUUGCUUGAAUUUGGCGCCAAGAUAGAUCAAAGAAAUCAGAAAGGCCAACAAGCCAUCGAUCUUGCUGAUGCAGAAGUUAAAACCGCGGUGUUACAACACGCCGAAGCCGUAUCGAAAAGAAGAAGAGAAACAAGAGGUCGUGACAGGCCAACUUCCGUAAGAAAUGAGCAGCGCAUGUUUCAACAGGAGAUGGUCGUACCUUGCUUUAGUUGUUUCCGACAGACCGGAAGUGUUACGAAUGACCCAUGUGGACACAGAUGUCUCUGUCCGAACUGCAGUUUCCGAACGGAAGAAUGCCCUGUCUGUUUACAGAAAAUUGAACGCCGACUUGAUCCUAAAGGGAAUGUUUUGCAGCCCUUAACUUUGGAUGACCUUUGUAAGGUUCAAUAAAUGGUUAUGCGACCUUAUUAGGAAUCUGCAAAAGUCUGGAUGUUACCACCCCCAUCAAACUAUAUAUGUGGGAGUUAAUCACCUUUAGGGUGCCCAAACACUAUAACAUUUACUGUGAUAUGAUACAAACAAGAAUGAAAUAACCAUUUGGUUGUAUGUUAUGCUGUUUUGUUUAUUUCUGAUUGUUCUGUGUUAUGCUGUUUUGUUUAUUUAUGGUAGUAACAUUCUCUAUUACUAUAUCAAGAUUUGUUGAAUUUUAUUAGUAAAGAGUAGAUCUAUUGAAAUGCUUGAUUAUCGAAUAAACACCUCUAGGAGUCUAGGUAGGUAGCGUUUGACGUGGCAAAACCAGAGAGUUAACGAUAUGAUAUUAAAUGAGCAACGAUUAUUUAGAUUGUACAUGGACUGUGCAAGAGACAUUUCCUCAAAUGUUUAACAGGAAAGCAAUGACAAGGAACAUACAUUACAACAUGUCUAUCUGCAGGUUUUGACACUUCUAUACGAAAUGAAAAUUUGUAGUAGUUCGGUUUAUUGGAAAUCCUUAUACCGGCACAUCGUGGUACAGAGCAUUGUUGGGAGGUGUUAUGCCCUAUUCUACUGCGGUUAUUGCAAAGAGCAAGGGAAUGCCGCAGUCGUUAUUCUGCGAUAUACCUUCAUACGUAAUAACUAAUUAAGAGAAAAUUGAUACUCAUCUCGCUUGCACUUUGUAUUUUGCUGAUACAACAAUAAAUUCGAUAACUGAU